UCACAACUCCAAAUUCAAGUUUGCUUUUGUGUAAUAGUCAUUUUCUCUUCUUUUUUUCCUCCAACUCCCAUUUAGGAAACAAAUUUUUGUGUUCUUCUUCAAUGGAGUCUCAAGUAUACCCUUUGUUGCAAUAUUUUCAAGUGUCCAUUGGCUUAUUUUUCUUCUCUUUUGCCAUUGGCUUCUCUGUUUUCUCUGUUUUGCUUUUCUUCUUAAGACAUAAGUUUUGGUCAUGGUGCACUUGUGACAUUUGCCAAUGUUAUCUAACUUGUAGUUGGAGAAAAGAAUUUACUAAUCUUGGUGAUUGGUAUGCUCAUCGUCUCCGAAAUUCGCCAUCACAAACGAUACAAAUCCAUGUUCUUGACAACAUAAUCACAGCCAAUCCAAGAAAUGUGGAGUACAUGCUCAAAACCAACUUCUUGAAUUACCCUAAAGGGAAGCCUUUCUCAAUGAUUCUUGGUGAUCUUUUAGGUGAUGGAAUUUUCAAUGUUGAUGGAGAUUUAUGGAAUUUCCAAAGGAAAAUGGCUAGUCUUGAACUUGGUAGUAUGUCUAUUAGAUCUUAUGCAUUUAACAAUGUGAAAAAUGAGAUCAAAUUUAGGCUUAUCCCACUUUUAUCCUCUUUUGUAUCAUCUCAACAACAAGAUUUUGGACGGACAACUUUGGAUUUACAAGAUGUUUUUAGAAGAUUUUCUUUUGAUAACAUAUGUAAAUUCUCUUUUGGUUUAGACCCUGGUUGUCUAGAACUAUCCCUUCCUCUUUCACAUUUCGCGCAUUCGUUUGAUUUGGCUACAAAAUUGUCAGCAGAGAGGGCAAUGGUAGCAUCACCAUUGAUUUGGAAGGUGAAAAGGCUACUGGACAUUGGAACAGAAAAGAAAUUAAGGGAGGCCAUUGAAAAUAUUGAUGUUCUUGCUAGGGAAGUCAUAGGGCAAAAAAGAAAAUUAGGCUAUUCAAAUCAUCAAGAUCUUUUAUCAAGAUUUAUGGGCAUGGUUGACAAUGAAGUUUAUUUAAGGGACAUUGUCAUAAGUUUUAUCUUGGCAGGGCGUGACACCGUGGCAUCAGGCCUAACUAGCAUAUUUUGGUUGCUAACGAGUCACCCUGACGUUGAAUUAAGAAUUCGCGAAGAAACGAGUCGUGUUAUGCAACAAGAUCAAGAGUUCUUGAAGUUUGAACAAAUAAAUGAAAUGCAUUACUUGAACGCUGUGAUUCAUGAGAGCAUGAGACUGUAUCCACCAGUGCAAUUUGAUUCAAAAUUUGCAAGUGGAGAUGAUGUUUUGCCAGAUGGUAUAUUUGUGGGCAAAGGUGCUAGGGUGACAUAUCAUGUGUAUGCAAUGGGGAGAAUGGAAAAUAUAUGGGGUAAAGAUUGUAUGGAGUUUAAGCCAGAACGUUGGUUGAAAAAUGGUACAUUUUGUCAACAAAGUCCUUUUAAAUAUCCUAUUUUUCAAGGUGGAAUUAGGGUGUGUCUAGGCAAGGAAUUGGCAUUAAUGGAAAUCAAGUGUGUAGUGGUUUCUAUGUUGCAACACUUCGAUAUUCAGGCCGUGGCGGCCCGCGGUGAUCUCCGGUUCGAUCCGGGGUUGACGGCAACCGUGAGAGGCGGGCUUCUGGCGGUGGUUAAGUUGAGGAGACGUCAUUAAAGUUUUUAGCCAGUAACAUGACCAUCAAUAUGAUCAUUUUUUUUGUAUAACUAUCUAGUAUUUGGAAUUUCUAUUCUGAAUAAUUUAGAUUUAUAGAAAGUUUUUUCUACUAGAAAUUUCUUCAUUUCUUCGAAUUCGAAAGCUUUAAUUAAUGUAGAGGGUCCCACCACAUUCAUUUGUGAUUGCUACCAAUAUGUCAAUAUUUCAUAUGGGUAAAUGCUGCAUUUGGCCUAUAUAUUGGGCAAGGUUGUGUAAGAAAAGUACCCUUCCUUUUUUGAUAGAUGAAAGUAUGCAUCAAUGUACUAGAGCAAUAUUUUGUUAUUGGGGGAAUUAUCCUUUUUACUCUCACUAACUAAUUAAAGUGAAAAUUAUUUUG